AUGUCCUUCACAUCUAUUCCGAUUCUCGACCUCGCGCUCGCCCGUGAUCCCAAAACGAAACCCAAGUUUCUUGAGGAUCUCCGCCAUGCACUCCUGGAGGUCGGCUUCCUGUAUCUCAAGAAUGUCGGCAUUUCGGAUGAGUUCUUCAACAAAGUCAUUGCGGAAGGGAAGGGCUUCUUUGAGAUUCCUCAGGAAGAGAAACUAAAGAUCGAGAUGAAGAACGCAAAAUCGUUCCUCGGGUACUCCCAGCUCUCAGCAGAGAUCACAGCCGGUGCCAUCGACCACAGAGAGCAGAUUGAUCUCUCAACAGAGCAUCCCGUGCCGGGUCCCCUGGACCCCCUCUACUACAAUCUGCACGCCCCCAACCAGUGGCCGUCGCCUUCGGUGCUGCCGAAUUUCCGCCAGACGUUCACAGACUACAUGGACCGCAUGGGCGCCAUCUCCGUGACGUUCACGUCCCUCAUCGCCGAGGCAAUCCAGCUCCCAGCGGACGCGUUCAACAAGUACUUUGACGCGCACCAGCAGCACAAGCUCAAGGUGGUCAAGUAUCCGGACCUGCAGGAGCUCGGCCUCGGCGACGCCCAGGGCCAGGGCGUCGGCCCGCACAAGGACAGCAUGCUGACGAGCUACCUCCUGCAGGCGAGCGCGCACCGCGGCCUGCAGGUGCAGAACGUGCGUGGCGAGUGGAUCGACUGCCCGCCCAUCGACGGCACGCUCGUCGUGGCCAUCGGGCAGGGGCUCGAGGCGCUGACGCAGGGCGUCUGCGUGUCGACGACCCACCGGGUGCUGUCGCCCGAGGCGGGCCAGGGCGCGCGGUUCUCCAUCCCGUUCUUCCAGGGCGUGCGCGGGGAUGCCGAGUUUGAGGACCUCGAGACCGUCGGCGUCGGGCGCGUGCCGGACGAGGUGCGGAGGCAGCGCCAGCUGGUCAUCGAGAGAAAUGGCGGGGAGCGGCUGGAUGACGUCGAGUUUACAUUUCGCAGGGGCGGCGUCUCCAAGACGCUGGGGGAGGCAACGCUGAGGAACAGGGUCAAGAGCCAUCCUGACGUCGGGGAGAGGUGGUAUCCUGAUAUCCUGGCUCACAUUCGUGAACAAGAGGCACAGCUCAAGAAGGCUGAAAAGGGGCUGAGUGUAACGCUGCCCGCUGCUGGAGCUCCGCCUGUCACGGCACACUGA